AUGAUGUUUCUCUACGUACUUGCAUGUUUGCUAUGCGGUUUGUUUUUGUUGAUUUCGUUGUUUUUGCAUAAACGGUUCACCUAUUGGGAGAGACGUGGAGUAGUGCAUGAUAAACCAACGUUCCUCUACGGAAAUUUACGUGAGUUCGGGCGCACAAAGCCACUUGUGCAACCAUUUCGUGAUUUCUAUAUGAAAUACAAAAACAAAGCACCUUUUGGUGGCUUCUACUUGUUUAUGCGGCCGGCAAUUGUCUUGUUUGACCUUGAGCUAGUAAAGGAUAUAUUAAUCAAAGAUUUUGGUAAUUUUCCGCAUCGUGGCAAUUACUAUAAUGAAAAGGAUGAUCCACUCUCAGGUCAUUUGGUUAAUUUAGCUGGACCAAAAUGGCGCACGAUGCGCACAAAAUUAACGCCGACCUUCACUUCUGGUAAAAUGAAAUUCAUGUUUCCCACUGUGGUACACGUGGCCAAUGAAUUCGUUUCCGUCUUUAAAGAUUUAGUUGAGAAGGAACAAAAAGUGAAUGCUUUAGCCAUGGACACACAAGAAACUGUUAUAGAGAUCAAAGACUUGUUAGCACGUUUUACUACAGAUGUUAUAGGCACAUGUGCAUUUGGUCUUGAGUGUAAUAGUCUGAAGAAUCCACAAACGUUAUUUCGGCGCAUGGGCAGCAAGGUAUUUACUGAACAACGUUAUGGCAAAAUAAUGAAUUCGAUACUAAACGCUUUCCCGGAACUGGGACGGAAGCUACAUAUAAAACUGACACAUGAUGAUAGAACGUGA